GAAAACGCCUGUUUUGAGCAGUCUCAGCUAUAGUCAAGGAAAAUCAACUAUUCUUUGUCUUUGUUUAUUUCUCUCUGAGAGAGAGAGAGAGAGAGAGAGGGUGUUGAAGAAGAAGAUCUUGUCAGAUCGGACCACAAACUGUAAGCAAAUCUUUCUCAAGUUUCUUGGUAGUUUGGGUGUAAUGGGGAGAGAACUUACAGAUCUGCACAUGGAAAAGAAGCCAAGUGGUGUUGUACUUGUUUCGAAUGGAGUUUCUUCUGAUAAAGUUCGUGUUGCUCCUGAAAUUUCAGAAGACAGCAUCGAAGCAAAGGACUAUGAUGUGAAGGUAUGUACUGAGGAAAACUCAGUUGUUGAGCAAUGUCUUGAGAAACAAGAAGUUUUAGGUGUUAAAAGCACAAAUCUUGGUGCUGGUUUGCUUGAGGGGAAAGCUGAGAAGCCUGGGGCUCAUAGGUCAAGUGACAAUAAGAAGUCAAGUCCGCUUGCAUCAAAAUCUGCUGCUGUUGGGAAUGUGCGCACCUACACUGUUCCACAGCCGUUUUCUCUGGCAACUGAAAAGCGUGGUCCAUGCACACAUCCUGUUGGGGCUGAAAGCGCUGCUAAUGGUGUGAGCUAUUCACCCAAAGCUAACAAUAUGCACUCCCCUCAAGCAACAAAGAACUCACAGCCAAACUCACCUCUGUCGCUGAGGAAGCCCUUGCAACCUGAUAUUGGGAAGCAUCAUGAUGAAGAAGAUAGUUGUUCUGUCGCUUCCUCUGGUGCAUCUGUGCGAACAGUUAAAUCUAAGGUAACUAUUGGAACAGCUCCAACAUUUAGAAGCGUUAAACGUGCAGAAAGAAGGAAGGAGUUUUACUCAAAGUUAGAGGAGAAAAACCAAGCUCUGGAGGCAGAGAAAAGUGCUUGUGAGGCAAGGACCAGGGAAGAGCAAGAAGCAGCCAUCAAGCAACUUAGAAAGAACCUGGUGAUCAAGGCCAAACCAGUACCCAGUUUCUACUAUGAGGGCCCUCCACCAAAGGUUGAACUCAAGAAGUUGCCAUUGACUCGGCCAAAGUCACCAAAACUAAGCCGGAGAAGGAGUUAUGGUGAUGCAACCAACUCAUCUCAGGAGGCACUUUGCAGUCGGGUGCACCGCCACAGCCUUGGUAGUUUCAAAGAGGAGCCUGCUACCAUGAGCACUCCGAAAAGAAAGGGCCAGAUCAGUGAAUCUAACAUUAAUGGCACUUGCAAAGUCAGAGACCAACCAAAGCUGGAAAAGGAGGAGACAAGGGAAACAGCUCUUCCUAAGAUCAACGAGCAGACUAAUGGAGACAUUGCUGUUCAUUAACAAACUCGAGUCUUUCCUUUUUGUCUAACUUUUUUAAGUGCUGAGAGAUUCUUCAUUUUCCUUUGGUGGUUGUUCUGAAAAGGAACUGCCUGUUUUCUUUUCUUCAGGAAUGACUUGUUUAAGUGGCUUGCUGUUAAUGUGAAAUUGUAUAUGUUUUGUAAGCUAUAUUGGUACAUAUCUUGUGAUAUAAAAAGAGUCAUCAUCCAUUAUUAUGUUGACCAAAUGGGUUGUUUCAA